ACAGAAAAAAGAGUACUAUCCUCGUGUGCAAUAUUUAUUUGUCGUUAUUUUUCGCUUUGAUUCCUUGACAUGCAAAAAUGUUGCGUUAAACACUUAUAUUAGAAACAAAAAUGGACAAAAGACCGUUAUUUCUUGGAAAAGGUCGAGGUAGAGGCCGCGGAAAUGAAGAAAAAGGUACCAAUCCGGCGGCAGGGCAAUCUGGUGGCCGCGGACAUUUGUUACCCGCGAAAUGGGGAAAUUCCAGAAAAGCUGAAAAUGGCGGUGCAAAUUCACCCAAGGUGCCUGAAGCUUCCAAGGAGAGGCAGGAAAAGGCAAAUAAAAUAAAGGAGUCUGCGAAGAGAUACUUGGAAAGAGUGGACGACGAAUUUGAAGACUCCUCAGAGGACGAAGAAAUUAAUGACAGUGAAAUAUUGAACAACACGUUGAAGAACUACAGAAAUACCUCACAAGACAGUGAAGAAGGCCUAAACAAAACUGCUCAGUAUUUAAUAGACUCCUGCAAACCUGGAUCUAGUGUGUGUUUAAUAUGCAUUGCUUCUAUCAAGCACGUUGAUGCAGUAUGGAAUUGUAGCCAAUGUUUCUCAACUCUUCACCUUCAAUGUAUUCAGAAAUGGGCCAGGGAUGGUGCUGCAUAUAACCUCCUGUCCUCUGAUAACAUAUCUCAAGCUGAUCUUCCAUGGUACUGGUAUGUAUGACAUCUUUCUUGACCUACAGUAUAUU